CCCAGCCAUGAUGGCCAUAGAGUCUCGCUGCUACGCUAGAGCGGCCUAAAAGACCGGAAGCGGAAGCAGGAGAGGGCGGGGAAGGAAGAUGGCGGCGGUGGAGGAGGAAGCAGGCCUUGCCGGGUUUCUCCUGAGGGGGAUUCUCCUCUUCGCCGUGGCGGGCGGGUCCGUUUGGUGUAAUUCUGUGGAAAGGAAGAUCUACAUCCCAUUGAACCGGACGGCGACUUGUGUCCGCCUGUUAAACGCCACCCAUCAAAUCGGCUGCCAGUCUUCCUUGAAUGGCGACACGGGCGUCAUCCAUGUGGUGGAAGAGGAGGCGGACUUGAAGUGGGUCUUGGAGGAGGGUCCGCACGCCCCGUACGUGGUGCUCCUGGACGGGGAGCUCUUCACCGGGGAACUGAUGCAGAGGCUGAAAGGCAGCUCCAGGAUCUCCGGCCUGGCCGUGGCCAUCGCCAAGCCCAGCCCGUCCAGGGGCUUCUCUCCCGGGCUAAAGUGCCCCAACGACGGCUUCGGGGUGUACAACGGCAGCUAUGGCCCGGAGUUUGCGCACUGCAACGUUACCCCCUGGAACCUUCUGGGCAGCGGCCUUUCCUACCAGGACUUUGGCUUCCCUAUCUUCCUCCUGCAAGACCAGAAAGAAACUGAGGUCAUCAAAGAGUACUACAAGAAGCACAACCGGCCAGAGGGGGGCUCGCCCCCGGAGUACCCGCUCUGCGCCAUGCAGCUCUCCUCCCACAUGCACGCCGUCACCAGCACCGUCACCUGCAUGCGCCGCAGCGCCAUCCAGAGCACCUUCAGCCUCAACCCAGAGGUCGUCUGUGACCCGCUGACCGAUUUCAACGUCUGGAGCUCCGUGAAGCCCAUCAACGGGUCGGAGAAGCCGCCGCCCGACAGCGUCGUCAUGGCCGCCGCGCGGAUCGACAGCCACUCCUUCUUCUGGAACGUGGCCCCGGGGGCGGAGAGCGCGGUGGGCUCCUUCGUGGCCCUUCUGGCCGCGGCCGAAGCCAUCCACAAGGCCCCCGAAGCCCAGGCCCUGCCCAGGAACAUCCUCUUCGCCUUCUUCCAAGGGGAGACCUUUGACUACAUCGGCAGCUCCCGGAUGGUCUACGACAUGCAGAACGGGAAGUUCCCCAUCAAUCUGGACAACAUCCACUCCUUCCUGGAGAUCAGCCAGGUAGCGCUCCGGAAUGGUUCUGACCUCUGGAUGCACACGGACCCCGUCUCACAGAGGAACCACUCCCUCCAGUCGGCCGUCCAGGCGAUGGUGGGGACGCUGAAGAACGCGAGCGGGAGCACCAGCCUCUCCCUGCGCGAGAUCGGCCUGACACAGCCGCUGCCGCCUUCCUCCUUCCAGCGCUUCCUGAGGGGCCGGCCCAUCCCCGGGGUUGUCCUGGCCGACCACCAGACCACCUUCCACAACCGGUACUUCCAGAGCAUCUACGACACGGCCGAGAACAUCCGCCUGCAGUAUCCCGAGGGCCUGACGCCCGAGGAGGAACUCAACCACGUGACCGACCUCGCCAAGUCUCUGGCGGAAGUGUCUACGGUGGUGGCCCGGGCCCUCUUCCUUCUGGCCGGCGGGAGCAACGACAGCGCCCUGGCGGUCGAGGCCGAUCCCGAGACGGUCACGCGCCUGCUGUACGGCUUCCUGGUGAAGGCCAACAACUCCUGGUUCCAGGCCAUCGUGAAGCCCGAGGUCCAGCCCUAUCUGGGUGAUGACCCCCUGCAGUACUACAUUGCGGUCUCCAGCCCGGUCAACACCACCCUCGUGGUCCAAGCCGUCCUGGUCAACUUGACCGGCACACGCAUGAACGAGAGCGUCACCAAGGAACAGUGCCAGAACCUGGGCAGGGGGCCCCAGGCCGAUCUGUACGAGUAUUACUGGGCGCAGGGCCCGCUCUCCUCGAGCAAUGCUUCCUCUUCGUCUUCCGGGAAGCGUUCCCCGUGGUGCGUCCGCUCGGGCGUGGCCCUCUCGGUGGCCUCUUCUCCGGCCUUUGAGCUGGAGGACUGGGCCUCCCAGGAGUUCUCCACCUGGACCGAGAGCCGAUGGAAGGAGCUGCACGCACGCAUCUUCCUGGUGGCCAGCAGGCAGCUCGAGAUGGUGACGCUCUCGGUGGGGAUCCUGAUCCUGCUUCUCUCCUUCGGGGCCACCUACUUCAUCAACGCCAAGGCCGACCUCUUAUUCGGGGACGCGGGGGGCGGGACCUAUUGAGGAGCCCCACAACAACAACGACAACAACGACAACAACACUGGAAGCCCCUCCCCUUUCCCUCCUCCCUCCGCCUCUCUCGUUCCCUCCUUUUCUUUUUGCAAAAUUGGUCCACGAAGCGCGUGCUGUAUGUAAAUCAAGGCGGGUGUAACAUAUCCUUUUGUUUUUCCGACAACAACAACAACAAAAAUAAACAACGAGGAUCUUUUUGUACAUAUUAUAUAUGUAUAUAUCUAAUAGCCGGGUUUGAUUAAGAAUUAAAUGAGGACUUACAAAUUAA